UUUUUCUGUCUCCUGCCCAAUGGUGCUGCAGGGAAGUGCCGCGGGCUUCGUACGGCCAGAAAGCUUCGCAGCCACCGUCGUGAUCAGAAAUGGCACGACAAGCAAUACAAGAAGGCGCAUUUGGGCACUGCCCUGAAAGCCAACCCCUUUGGAGGAGCGUCUCAUGCCAAGGGCAUUGUUCUAGAAAAAGUUGGUGUAGAGGCCAAACAGCCCAAUUCUGCCAUCAGGAAAUGUGUCAGAGUGCAGUUGAUCAAGAACGGCAAGAAGAUAACAGCUUUUGUUCCUAAUGAUGGUUGCUUGAACUUCAUUGAGGAAAAUGAUGAAGUUCUGGUUGCUGGCUUUGGUCGGAAAGGUCACGCUGUUGGUGACAUUCCUGGUGUUCGCUUCAAGGUUGUCAAAGUAGCCAAUGUUUCCCUCUUAGCCUUGUACAAAGGCAAGAAAGAGAGACCACGAUCAUAAAUUUGUGAUGCCACCUGAAUUACUAAUAAACUUCAGUUUGAUAAAUGUU